UCGAUAUCGACGCCGAACCUCCCUUCACUCCCCGAACCCCAAUCCUCGACGAACCGAAUUUGCAAACGAAUUAACGAAAUACAUACCACACACAACUCAUCAAAAUGGAGUUCACCACCACUGGACAGCUGAACGAGGAUGGCAUCCACAUCGACAUGGAGAGAUUAAAGAAGGGAGAGGUCAACCUCGGAACCUCAAUUAUGGCAGUCACCUUCAAGGACGGUGUUAUUCUCGGCGCUGAUUCCAGAACAACGACGGGCGCCUACAUUGCCAACCGAGUCACCGACAAGCUCACACAAGUCCACGACACCAUCUGGUGCUGCCGGUCAGGCUCCGCCGCCGACACCCAGGCCGUCGCCGACAUUGUCCAGUACCAGCUCGGGCUGUACGCCAUGCGCAACGGAAAGCCCCCCAUGACCCAGACCGCUGCCGCCAUCUUCCAGGAGGUCUGCUACGCUAACAAGGACCGCUUGACCGCCGGCCUCAUCAUUGCCGGUUGGGACGAGCGACACGGCGGCCAGGUCUACUCCAUCCCCCUCGGUGGAUCCCUACACAAGCAGUCAUAUGCCAUCGGCGGCUCGGGUUCGACGUACAUUUACGGAUACUGUGACGAGCACUGGAAGGAGGGCAUGGAGGAGAAGGACGCCGUCGACUUUGUCAAGGGAUCGCUCAAGGAGGCCAUCAAGUGGGACGGCAGCUCUGGUGGUGUCAUUCGCAUGGUCGUCCUGACGGCCAAGGGCGCCGUGCGGCAUCUGUACCUCCCUGACGAGGACUACAAGGUGCAGCACUAGAUGGGGAGUUGGAGACGGGGAAGCAGGAGACAGAAGAAGGGAGACGUUUAUUGUGAUGUGGCUGGAAGGAAAGCC